AUGGCGAGCCUCCUUCUCUCUACAGCUCAUCUGUCCAACAUCUACCCCAUCUCACAGCCGAUCACAGUUCCUACCACCCAAUCUGGUCUCGCACUCCUCCCAGACCCUGCAACACACCGUACAGAAGCUGACCUCGCCUCCUCCGCCUCAUCCCAUUUGUGGCCAGAAAUUGGUCGUGUUCUCGCUCGGGUAGUGAACGACCGUCGCACCCUUGAGCUAACUCAUCUCUCUUCAGACUGCCCACCGAUCAGGUUCCUUCUCCCUUCUCGCGCUUUGGGGAAUCCAGGGGUGGCAUUCGAGCAACAGACGUCAUCGCUGCACGUCCUUAUCCUCACAGAAGCGAACUCCCUCUAUCGACUCAACUUCCCUGCUCCUGCGCUGUUCAACACUGCUCCCCUGCCGCGUAAUUGGUGCAAGGAGUAUGUUGUCAAGAGCGUGCUCGAAGGAGAUGGACCUGUCUCGCUCAUGGAUAUGAGCACGGUCCUGAUUGGCUUGAGGGAUGGAGGGGUAUUGAAACUGGAUCAAACGCGCAUGAGCCGGCCAGAAGUAGUCGAUGGGCUGACGAGCUUCUAUGAUACAACAUGGAAAGAGACACCAAUACGGCCAUCGUCACUCUACAACGCAUUGACAUCCUUCAUCCCCUUCACCUCCGGCUCAGCAUACGAAAACCCAGCGCAUAUAGUUUCCCUAGACUGCGCCUCCUCAUCCGCGCUCACUGGAUUCGCCUUCACCGUCUCACGGGAUCGGCGCCUGCGAGUCUGGCAUCUGCCCAGCUCUACCUGCGUACGUACUGAAGAGCUUCCGUCAUCUCCGACCGCUGUGGCCCUCGAGGCCUCACCACAAAAACGUCGACCCCUGCCUCUGCUUCCUGCCGAGUCCCGUCGGCUUGUCCGCUUCCUACCGCCUUUACCCAACGCUCCCGCCCAUGCUCGCACAUCGCGUGUACUCGUUUUCCUCCCUACGCCCUCCGACCCUACCUCCGCGGGGUAUUUCACUUUAUUCGAAUUGCACCUCUCACAUGGACACGUCCACUCCGUUCCGAUCUUGGGUCAAAAACCCGCUUCAGAACAGAGUGCCGGCGCUGAUAUCCGUGACUUUUGCGUGGAGAAGGGAAGAUUAUACGUCCUCUGGGACCAGGGUGGGCGAACCCUGCUAGAAUCGACACCUUUGGAGUUCGGUGAGCUCGCCCAAUCCCGUUCCACCGCCAAAUGGACUUCCGCAAUUAUGCCCGAAGAGCCGGACAUGCACUCCGGGCACAGUCUCUACCGCCCCUCCUCCUCCAGCACAUCAGAAGAAGACGACCAGAUGCUACCGAGCCUAAUUCACAUGUAUUCGUCCCCCCUGACGACCCCAGGGCUUUUUUCUCCCCUUGCGCUACGAGCUGCUUUAAGAGAGUACACUUCCCAGCUACUCUCCGACCUCCCUCAGGAUGAAGUCCUCCCUCCAACACUCUCAGAGAAGUACGAGUCCUCACUUCAGGGCAUUAUUGCUGGAGUAGGGUGCGCUGUUCCUCUGGAGAGGGAUGGCGAGACUGGACUCUGGAAGUGGGAUGCCCAGCGAGAAGGGGUAAGAAGGGAAUGGGAGCGGUUCGGGGCUAUUGCUGUAGAGCUGGAGCGGGCAGGGCGGGUGCCGCUCUCCCUUGGAACAGGGAGGGAAGGAGAGGUCCUCGUGCUUGAGAGAGAAAGAGUGGGCGUGCUUGCGGAAUUUGAACCUCCCGGGACAGGGAGCAAGGCCGAGCGCGGCCUUUUGGAGUUCGCCCGGGCAUUAGUGCGGGCUACAGGCUCCCAAGGGUAUGCGGAGUAUGUGCAAGAAGUCCUGGCCACGGUGAGAGCGCCGAUAGAGCAAAGCACGGAAGACCUAUCUAUGGGCCUGUACGAGCGCACUAUCCGACCUCUUCUUGGCAACGUGCCAGAGCUGCUGAGCGGCCUACAAGGGCUAUCCGACAUAGGCAGCACUGUACAAGGCUUGGUCAAAAGCCUUCUGAACCUCAAUACGUUUACCGACACCCUGCCCGUUGGGGAGGGCGAGCUAUGGAACGGAUGGGUUACAAGCUAUAUCUGCUCCUUCGCCAAAUCGCGCGCAGACGCUGUCCUUUCUCUCUUCGCACUCCUCAUUUUCGCUUUGGUAGAAGCGCCCGGGUCGCUACAGGACUCCACAGCCCUGCUUGGCAGCGCACUUGUAGCGCUGCAUUCGAUCAGCACGUUGACGUACCUGUGCCAGCAGCCAGGCGGGAACCCGCUGCGGAAAACUGGCCCAGGUGGAGCUGAAGAAGACUUUGCUGUGCGCUUCGGGCGUCUGGCAGUUGGGACAGAAAAGCAGGGAGGAGGACUGAGGAGAGGAAUCAACUACUGCUUGAUCCACUCGUUGCUACCCGAAUCAUCGCAAGCGGUCAAUGUGCGCGAGUCAGCGUUUGAUUUCGUUCGUGGAUCGGGCGUGCUGGAGGUUAGGCGGGAGAUCGGGGUGUUAUCGGGCGAUGUGAAGUUCUUCAAUGAACUUCGAAUGAAAGGGCAUUUGCAGGUGGUGGUGGAAGUUGCUGGGUGGUAUCCGAGAUCACCAGCGCUGUCAUACGUCCUGGGACGGACACUUUUGGAGUUGAAGAGGGGACAGGAGGCGGCUGAAGUUUUGGAAGGUGUCGCGAGUGUUUUUGAUGAACACACUGCAGCUACCCUGCUCGAUAAGCAGGCAGUGAUCGCCGUUCUUCCCAUACCAGAGUUCCAAGCAACGCGCUCCUUCAUAUACCAACAAAUCGCAUCCUGGUUUGAGCAGGCCAGUUCCCUCUCACUCGCUGUGUUGUACUGGAAGCUCGCCAUAGACACCGCAGCCUCCAAAUCCGACCUAGCCCACCUAUGGUACAAAAUAUCUGCAGCCCAAAUCGAGCUCGGGCUAUUUGAAGACGCCUACGGUACCCUCAUGGCCACGCCACACCGCGACCAGCAGGACAACACGCUUCGUAAGCUUAUCGACGUGAUGUGCUCUUCUGGGGAAGCGGACAGGCUCGUGCGAAUGAGUUUUGCCGGUCUGCAAUCUACGGUAGAGGACAUUCUCGACUUCAAAGCGAGGAAUCAUGAUCCACUGCAGCCCCCAGAUUAUAGCUUGAUCCUAUAUUCCUGGCACGUGUUGCGCGGUAACUAUCGAGCCGCUGGCGCGGCGAUGUACCACCAUGGCCGGCGGUUAGGAGCGCUUACGAAUCCCAAACUGGAUCAUCAUGGCGUGACGCUGAAUCAAGCCCAUGCUUUCCUGGCUGCCAUUAACUCCCUGUCAUUAGUCGAACCCCGGAAUGCUUGGGUCGUGUCAACGAGGGCAGAUCGGGACCCAGGUGAACAUAUACCGGUUAUUCAUCACAUUCCAACAGAGCUGUUCGCGUCGGGAAUGCAAGAACGAGAGCUAACGAGCAUUGAAGACAUCCGACGUGAAUACGUGCUUGCGCUAGCGCGACUCGAACUGUUACCCCAUCUGCAAGAUCUAGGCACUACUGGGAUUCAAUUAUCCCCGGAAGAUGCUGUGGCCGCUUUCGCACAAUAUGGGAUGUAUGAUUCCGCAUUCAACACUGCAUCAAGCUUAGGGGUAGACAUGAGCGGCCUUUUUAAAGAUCUUGCUCGCAAGUGCACGUCGAUUCGCUCCGACACUGGAAUAGAUACUAUGAAUGUUGCACCCUGGCUUGAAUUGGCAUCGGAGCGAAUAGGCUCCUGGGAUGGUUCGAUCGGGGAGAAAGCAUGGCGAUACUUACGAGAGUGUCUCGAACGAUACGACUUGCCUGGCACGGGCUACCGAUACUACAAGGACGUCCUCGAAGCGAUGCUGGCGUAUAACAGACACAAUCGCGUACCUAAUUGGCUUAGCAAAUUCUUUGAAGAUCACCAACCAGAGCACCUCAUUCGCACAUUCUUACGAUAUGGCUUGGUGCAAGAUGCUGUUGCAUACACAAUCACCCUAAUUCAAAAGGCGCGCAAUGCUGGUGAUUUAUCACACCGAGUCUCGCUUACAUAUGAACUAGUCAAACGCCAAGCUCACCCUGAUACCCGGUGUUACUGA